AUGCACUUGAUAACAUCGACCACUGCUGGCAGUCAAAGAGCCAUCAGUGCUUGCCAACCAUGUCGUCGUCAGGUUCAACGUGCGCUACAACGGCGGAAGAAAACGGGAAGCCAAGGUCGACGAGAAGAGCGACGAUGGUUGCAAGUUCCACCAAACAACAGGGACUUCUUGAGCCGUGAAAUUGGAGCGAAUUGCCUACUACGUCAAUUUUGGACCACGACUACUAAUACUGGCAAUGCAUCGAGUGGCGACUCUUCCCCGACUCCUAAUAAUGAGGCACUGAGUAAUCAUCCUGUUGGCAAUACCAAUCAUCCUCAACUCCAGCAAAGAAUUAUGGAGAUUUGUGAUGACACGGUGAUACCCUACGGCGAGUUAUCGAACGCACUGUGGGAGGAAAGCUUGCAAAUCCUGGAGCAAAUGGCUCGACACCACUCUGCUUCUGGACUGGAAUGCAGUUGCAUGCUCAUGGAGCGAUUGGUGAUUGAACAAGAUACUCGAAAGUCGUCCUCUACUACCGGUAGCCAAGACAACAGUUUUUCGUUUUCCUUGACCACGGAGCAUCUCAAUCAAGUGAUCCAUUGCUGGCUAUUCUGCUGGAAACAAGGGCGCGCCAACGUGACACCAGAACAAAUGCUCUCCUUGAUGGACGACUGGUUGUAUCGGCUGGAAUCCGAUCUUUAUCCCAAUGUCCAUACCUACAAUGCCAUCCUAAAAGGGGCGUUUACAUUCCUUCCGGGCAACAACAACAACAAAAACAACAGCAACUUGGGGACUACUGCCCUGACAUUUGCCGAAAACAUUUUUCAGCGAAUGAGGGAACAAGCCGACAAUCAUCAGCAUCCCAAUGUUCGUCCCAAUACGGAAACGUACGAUACCAUGAUACAGGCAUUGACCCUCCAGUUUCAGAACAUACUUCGGGCGGAAAACUAUCUGAACCAAAUGUUCCUAGAAGUCGCCUCGCGAGGGUCCACUGAAAUUGCACCACAUGUGGAGACUUUCAAGUACAUCUUGACUGCCUAUUCCAAGUUGCCUCGGGAAGAUCACACGGUUCCCGAACGAGCCCAUACCAUGCUACGGCACAUGCAACAUCUAGACUCGUUACGAACACUUCCCAAUGUCAAACCCGACGUAGCCACCUACAAUAUCGUGCUGGCGUGCUGGGCUAGGUCCAAUACCCAUCCCCAGGCAGCAGGACGAGCCUUGGAACUCUAUGAAGAAAUGAAAGCAGACCCGAACUGUCAACCGACCGCGUAUGCCCUCUCCAAUGUCUUGUUGGCAUUGUCCAAGGCAGGAGAUGCCGAGACUGCACAAGCACUGUUGGAUGAACGGCUGCCAGACUCCUCGGAUAAAAAGAGCAACCCUCACAACCAACUACAGCCGACUCGAGACUGGUUUCGACAUGUACUUCGGGCUUGGGGCAAACAGGCCCGAAAUGGUCAUCCCACGGCAUUGGCGCAAAUGGAAAAGCUCGUGCAACGAAUGAAAGAGCUCUCCAACGUUCUCCCGAGCGCCAAAAUGACAACCACUGGCUACAAUGAACUAUUGGCAUGUCUGGCAAAGUCUUCGGAGGUGUUGUCCAAGGAAGAAAUUGUCAAUAGAUCACAAGAGAUUAUAGAGGAAAUGGAAGAUUUGACGGCAGCGGGGGAGGUCCUAGUCAAGCCAGAUGCUCACACGUACACCACUCUGAUUCUCGUACUAGCAAAGCAUGGUCAGGAUCCAUAUGAAGCGGAGGCGGCUCUGGAACGUAUGUAUCAGUACCAUCUUGAGGAUGGCAAGAGCCAAAGUACGCAACCAGGUAUCCAUUCGUUUAAUGUAUGUCUCAAAGCAUGGGUCGACUCCCAGGCCGAAAACGCCUUCGAACGAGCAGAUGGCAUACUGCGGCGCAUGUGGAGGCUGCAUGAGACUGGAAUUCUUCACGAUGUCAAGCCAGACGUCGUCUCGUAUUCCACAGUUUUGAAAUGCCACCUGAAGAGUAAUUCACCCGACAGGGGGGAGCGUUGCCAAGCGCUGUUGGAGGAAAUGGAAGCCCGAUCCAUUCCGACAAGCGAAGGGUGUUAUCAAAUGCCUAUUUCAGCCUGGGCCCAGCUUGGUAAUGGCGACAAGGCGGAAAGCUGUCUCCAGCACUUUGUUGCUCAGUACAAGGCUGGAAGAAUCAAGUUCAAACCAAACAACAGAGCCUUUGAUGAAGUCAUAAGAGCCUGGUCGAAAUCGGGAGCGAAAAAUGCACCAGCUCGCGUCGAAGAUCUGAUAAAGCAAAUUGAAGAGCACCAUAAAGCUGGUAUGCUGGAGGAACCGCCUAGUCGAUUCUCGUACUUGGGACUGCUUUAUAGCUGGGCUUCAUCUGGGGAACCGUGGGCAGGCGAAAAUGCAGAGAAAGCGUUGCGCUAUAUGGAAUCAAAAUCGAGCGACGGGAACAAGUCUCUUGCCCUCCGUUCAAGCGACUACAAUGCUGUUUUGCAGCUGUACGCCAAAGAAGGACGUGGAAUGAAAGCUGAGGAGCUCUUGAAUCACAUGUUGGAUGUAUUCUACGGUCAGGAGUCACUUGAUGUAGAGCCCACGACCACCUCCUUCAAUGCGGUUCUAUUGGCUUGGGCCAACACCAAGGACGUGAAUGCCUCGAAGAGAGUGGAGGGUAUAUUGAAACAAAUGGACGAGCUGUGCAAAUCAAGCGUAUUGCGGGUAGCGCCUGACGCGAAGAGUCUCGGCGUGGUGUUGACGUGCUUGACGGACCAAGACCAAAGAGUCAACCCGCGUGAUGCGGAAACGCUACUUCAGCGACAUGCAGGCGUUGCCAGCCAAUCAAACUGGCACACGGUUAUACAUUCCCAUGCAGUUCUGGGCAAUGCAAGCCAAGCCAAACGUUUGAUGCAGUCCAUGUACAAAGAAUCUGAAGUCAAAGGGAAGAGAUCACUCCGACCGAACACAACAACCUACAAUCUUGUCUUGCGAGCCAUCGGUAAUUCAGAAGACGAGGACAAAGGGAAAAGAGGGGAAGCAUUGCUGAUGGAAUUGGAUAAUCAAGUUGAAAAGGAGUACAAACCGAACACAGUGUCCUUCCUUCUUACCAUGGCAUGCUACAAAAAGUCGAACCAUCCACAAGCUAUCCAAUGCGUGGAAGCUCUGCGAAAUGAAGUACAGCAACGUGCUGCUGCCGGAGAGGAAGGGAUUGAGUAUAGCAGUUCCAUCUAUCAUGAAAUGAUGUCAACCUAUGCGUCACACGGUGCACCAGAGAAGGCAGAAGAAAUGUUGGACGAACUUUGCCAAACUGUUUUGGAUGGCGCUACUGACAAUAACCAAAGCAACCUGGAGGUCAACAGUAGGUCUAUGAACAUGGUCUUAUCCGCGUGGGCAAGGGCCAACAAUCCAGAACGGGCCGAAGCUAUUUUGAAGUGUAUGAUUGACUACCGUGAUCGCGGUCUGUCUGGAAUGGCUCCCAUCGCCAUGAACUACAUGCGUGUGAUUGAGUGUUGGAAUCGAUCCAGUAGCAGCAACCCAUUGGCAGGGGAACGGGCUGACGAUCUUUUGAAGCUAAUGGAGCACGAUGCGCAACGAAAGUCCAAGACUCACAUGUUCCUGGCCAAUAAAGGAUUGUACUUGGCGGUCAUGAAACGAUUGGCCCAGUUUGGAUCCGGAGAGCGUGCCGAGGAGUUGCUUCGCCGUGUACAAAGCCUCUUUGAGGACGAGAAAUCGAACACGGCCAUUGAUCAAUUCCUGUACCGUGAAGCAAUUUUGGCAUGGAAGAAUUCCACGUCUCCAAAUGCCGCAGCACGUAGCGAGGUGUUGGAACAGGAGCUGUUGCAACGUUUCUUCUCGUCACAGCGAAGCAGCAAUUGAGCCUGACGAGUGAGUAGCUAGAUUGGUUGGAUGUUGCGUUGUUAUACAAUCGCUAGGGGACGACUACGCCUGAUAAUUAGGUUGUCAAUAGGUAACCCGAUGGAGUCACUU